AAGAAGAAAUGAAAAAACAUUCACAAAAUGGUGAAUCGUCACAUCAUCAUCAUCCUAUCAAAGAAUUAUUUUCUUCUUUACAAGAAUAUAGACCUUCUUUUUUAUACUUCCUAUUUGGGUUUCUUUUCCCACCCUUAUGGAUCAUUGGAGCUCUUUACAUGAAACGAUCAGAAGAUAAACUAGCCAAAGCGGAUCUUCAAUGGAAGAGACGAUCUCAACAUGCAUUGACUUUAUUCUUAUUGGCCGUAUUGUUAAUUAUACUAUCUAUUCUAAUAUUUAAGCCCAGUGCGCUUGGAUGGAGGAAAAGCAACAAGCAAUAAUCGUUAAAAAAAAAAAAUAUCCCCCCAUUUCUCUAUGUAGCAUUUGUAGUAUUAUUUAUUGUUAUCAUUACCCCAAAUCAUCUCCAUCUGUCCUCUUCAUCAACAUAUCCCAAAAAGGAAAUAGAUGAAAUAAAGUAGGAACAUA